GUGUCAUCCGGAACCACUACUGUGCGUACGUGCAUGCGUCAGUGUGUGUACAUUGAACUCUGAUAUCUUUUUAUAAAUUAUACCUGUAUAUUCUCGUCGCUCUUUCGAGCGCAAUUGAAUCGGGAGCGAAGGCAGCAUCGCGAUGUUCGUCCUGACGAGACACGGAUCCCGCAGACUUGUGAUAAGCCGUGGAGGGGUGGCACUAGCACAGCGAUUAGCUAGGAGCACUGCAGCUUACGACACCAGCGAAUAUCAGUUUCUGCAGGUCAGCAAGGUGCCAACGUUGCAUUUUCAAAGGUCGCUGCCUCGUUUACCGAUACCGAAGCUCGAAGACUCGUGCAGAAGGUAUCUGAACGCGCAGAAACCUCUGCUGAACGACAAGGAGUUGCAGAACACGUCGUCCUGCGUCUCCAAGUUCCUCGCCGGUGAGGGGCAGAGCCUGCAGAAGCUGUUACUGCAGACCAAUGCCGAGAAUCCGCACACCAGCUACAUCAGCGAGCCGUGGUUCGACAUGUAUUUGCAAGAUCGCAAACCGCUGCCGGUCAAUUACAAUCCUUUCUUGGUCUUUGUGCCGGAAUCCGAUCCAAAGUACGACGCGCAAUUGGUGAAGGCGACAAAUCUCAUCGUGUCGUCGUUGAGAUUCCUAAAGUCGCUCAAGAAUAACGUCCUAGAACCGGAGGUGUUUCACAUGAAACCCGAGAAGUCGGACACCCAGUUGUUCCGCAACGUCACAAGUCUGAUCCCAUCUCGCUUCAGUUGGUAUGGCGCUUAUCUCUUUAAGGCUUUUCCGCUGGAUAUGUCCCAGUACAAGAAUCUAUUCAAUACGACGAGAAUACCGGAAGUAGGAAAGGAUAGAAUCUUUCACGAUCCCGCGGCCAAGCACCUGGUCGUACUGAGGAGAGGUCACUUUUACGCGUUCGACGUUUUGAACGCGAACGACUCGAUUCGUAGCCCUAAAGAGAUAGCCGCGUGUCUGAAGGUCAUCCUGGAAGACGACAGGCCGUCAAACAGACAUCCCGUGGGCGUUCUCACGUCGUCGGAGAGAGAUCAGUGGGCACGGGCGCGCGCCCAUCUAGUCGAAACUGGCAAUCGGCAAGUUCUCGAGAAAAUCGACUCGGCUGCGUUCGCGAUGAUCCUGGACGACGAAGUCGGCGCCGACCAAAACAACUUGAUUAAAACGUAUUUGCAUGCAGACGGUGCCAAUCGAUGGUUUGACAAGUCCUUUUCCCUCAUUGUUUCCAAGGACGGUUACGGUGGGAUCAACUUCGAGCACUCGUGGGGCGAUGGUGUCGCGGUACUCAGAUACUUCCAAGAUGUGAAAGCGGAUGUAUCAAAGAAACCAAGAUUCCAUCCCAAUGAGGUGGAUGAGCUUUCUAAGGAAAGCGCAAACGUAGAGAGAUUAGAAUUCUCUAUAGACGCGCAGAGCGGGGGUUUCAUCGAUCAGCAGAGAGCAACUUAUCGGGAGUGGGUGAAUCGGCUGUGCAUUGAUUUUGUCGUUUACGAGGAGUUCGGUAAGGAUCAAUGUAAGAAGCUCGGGGUAAGUCCGGAUGCCGUGAUGCAGCUGGCAUUCCAGUUGGCAUUGUAUACCCUAGAAGGCAAAUCGGUACCAACUUAUGAAUCUUGCAGCACGUCUGCAUAUAAGCACGGCAGAACAGAAACCAUCAGACCUUGUACGCUAGAGACUAAAGCGAUCUGCGUCGCUAUGACUCAGAAGCAGGUCGAGCUUUCUAAAUCAGAGCUGAAAAAGAUGAUACUUGAUUGUAGCAAAGCUCACAACGUGCUUACGAGAGAGGCCGUAAUGGGCCAGGGAUUCGACAGGCAUCUGUUCGCCUUGCGAAGAAUCUCGGAGAAAUCGGGUUCCGUUAGGCCAGCAAUUUUUCAAGACCCGGCUUACGAUGCUUUGAAUCAUAAUAUAUUGUCUACGUCUACUUUAUCAAGUCCGGAUGUGAUGGCUGGUGGAUUUGGACCAGUCGUGUCCGACGGCUAUGGAAUCGGAUACAUGAUCCAGGACAAACGCUUGGGUUCGGUCGUGACAAGUUAUGAUGGCAGCCGUAACGCCAAUCAAUAUAUACAAGCGCUAGCACAUGCGUUCAAGAGCAUCCACGACGUGUUACACUCGUAAUAGAGUUGUUAGUUAUGCAACUUGCCAGAUAUAUUUAGUUACAUCUUUAUUGGGAUAUAUAUUUUUACGGAGAUCGACAACUAUUAUUAUAUAAUAUUGUACAUUUACAAGAAUGUUUACAAUUGUUAUUCAUAUCAGAGGUAGGCACAAGUCUCCUUCCUUGGAGUCUUCUUUUUAACAGAGAAAGCAGUAACGGUGACGACUAUUACCUCUGAUAGUCCGAAACUUUUAUACAGUUGUUAAAUAAAUAUUUUUAAUACUUUUUAA